UCAAAAGUGGGAUUGCGAAAUUUAUAUUUAGUGUCUGUGGCGCCAAGUUUGAUUUACGAACCGCGGUGUUACCCUAAGGUGCAUUCCAUUUCCUAAUUAUCACUCACGAAUUUGGAUUGUUGGCGACUUUUAAUCACGCAAGACAUUUGCCAGAGAGGCCCGAGACACCGAACGACUGCUUAACAGCGCUUAGCAUGCUUCUCAAGAUUUUUCACGUCCAUUUGCAAUUGUUUGCGUCCAGCGUAUUGUUUUUCAGUCAAGGAACGUCAUCUCUAAAAUCAAUGGUCAUAAAAGUGCCGGAGGUGGCGAGAUCUGGCGACACGGUCACUUUAACUUGCAAUUAUGAUCUCGAACAGGUUCCACUGUAUUCCAUCAAAUGGUACCGGAAUGGUGAAGAAUUUUACCGUUAUGUGCCGAAGGAGUCACCACCGUUCAGGGCAUUCCUUGUGAGGUAUAUCAACGUUGAUAUUACGAGAUCCGGCGAAAACGACGUUACGCUGCGAGGGGUGAGACGGGAGUUGACAGGGGAUUACAAAUGCGAGGUGUCAGCUGAUGGACCCCGAUUUCACACUGACAUUUUGAGCGCUCAUAUGACCGUCGUCGAACUCCCCAACGGAAAUCCGGUGAUGAAUAUAGAGCCGACCAAAGUCGAGAUCGGUAAAAAGAUAGUGGCGGAGUGCUUCUCCCAGGGAUCAGAUCCGGCGGCCAACAUAACCUGGUUUAUUAACGGCGAACAGGUAUACGAGGACAGCCCCAAUAUUCUGAUUCACCCGACAUGGUUUGAAUACGAAUCUUCGCUGGGUCUAAAUUCGUCGAAAUCCAAAUUAGAAGUAAUCGCGACCAAAUCCCAUUUCUUGCACGGAGUUAUGAGCAUAAGAUGCGAGGCCACGAUUUUCGCACUUUGGAGGCAGUCAGCUGAAGAUUUUGUCAGGGACGAUACGCCACGUUUGGCUCCCGUUCUAGGGUCAACGUCAUCGCAGAGCCAUGUUGGUUCUCACUUGGAAAUGCAGAACGGAGCCAGAUGGACGUGCUCUCUCCCCAGCACGACGACCUUUCUGGCUUGUUUUUUGUUCUCCAUCAUUUACGACAUGUUGCGGUAAUGUCUUAAGUUUUAAGGGUUUUUAAUUACUGUUUAGAUAUAUGGUGCCUACAUUGUGUUUACCGAAGGUGUUGGUAGGCUGGCGACUGAUUAAAAAUGAUUUUGAAACUAUCCGUUAUUUAUUUAUUUGGAGAAAAGUGGACAAUUUUCCCGGCCUUUCAUUUUGUGUUAACGUUAACGUCAGAUUGAUUUUUGCGUUAAAUAACAACAAAAAAUAGAAAGCAGCCAAAAAAAGUUCUUGUCGAACAAUGUUUCGGGGUUACUAAACCCUUCAUUUGUGGCCCACCUUGUAUGGUUCGAGAAACGUGCGAUCGCUCAUACCUAAAUUUAUUUACAAAUUUAAUAUUUAAAAUCAAUUUUAUUAUUUUUGAUAUUUAAUCUUUUUCGAUCUGUCAAAUAACUUUCAAACAACACCAACUAUAUAUGAAAUCAAAUAUUUUAUUUUUCAGAUCAAUUUUUGUAUUAGGUUUAUUUAAGAACCUGACAUCGGGCACUGAAUGAAUGAAUAAAUUUGUAUUUACCAUUUCUCUAAACACGGUUCUCUUAACUCUGGCAGAGAUCAAAUAUAAUUUAAGAAGUAUCAAAAUGAGACAAAAAGCUGAUUGGCUAUUAUGAGCGCCUAUCAGACGUGGAAAACUUGAUUGGCCCUAAUUACUGGUUCAGAAUGAAUGUUCCUAAUUUACGCCCAGUCACCAGCCUGCUAAAAAGUUAGUUUCCGGGUUUAUAAACGAAAACAUACCAUUUUUCACUUCCACUUUAACUUCCAAAUUCGCAUAUAAGUUCCCUACAAAUAUAAGAAAAAUAGUGAUUGAUGUAUUAAAAAUGUUUACCUCAUUCCCAUUAUGGUGAACAACUUGUAGCACUUGGUUGUCUCCAAAUCUUAGUUCCGUAGUCAUUUAUUUAGAUGCAAGAAAUAAAUUCUGAUGUCAAUAUUUAAAUAUUCUUAAAAAUUAUGUAGCAAAUUAUGCACUAACAAAUAUAGCAUGAUAUAAAAAAAAAUAUUGUUAGUGUUUACGUUUCGAAAUAACAUAUUAUACAAGUACCAACAGAAUUCAGUUAUAUCAAAAGACUGUAUUAUUGUCUUUAUUGAGUUUGGACUAAAAUGUAGCGUUGGAGAACCAUGUGUUGGUAUAUUGGUAGACAAAUAUUCGAUUGAAUAACCUAUCGUUCAAUUAGUUUUAUAAUAACACUCGUUAAGGCAUAGUAAAAAUAUUAUUGAUUUUUCUUGGGUUUGUAGUCCAUCCAUCAAAAAUAGUUUAGACGACUAAAACAUGUGCUACGUACACGGAUGACUCUGCUCUUUCAAAACUCAAACCAAAAAGUGAUUUCUUUACAAACUCGGAAACUAUCGAUACCAAUUCAUCCCCCCCUCACCCCCGAACCCAAAAAAAAGAGAUUAUGUAAGCAACCAGGCAUCUUCGCCCCAACGAAAUAAUAAUUAGCGCUACGAAAACGUCAACAGAGCUAUACUAACCAAAUGUUUAUAUUCCGAAUAUACGUUUCGAGUAAUAACAUUACCCUGGGCUGUAAACGUUUUAGGUCUGUAAAAUAACGCAUUGUUUGGCGGCAAUAAAUUGUCCUAAAUGUGGAAAUCCUAUUUAGCAUUUUACCUAUUCCCGUUUGUUAUUGUUUAAUUGCACAGGGUGAUUUAUGCGGGCGUAUUUUGGUGCUUCUUUUCAAGAAACUUUUGAUAACAGUAGAAAAACUUUUUACAAAAAAGUGGUACAGUACGAACCGUACGAAUAAAACCAAAUCAUCGCCGCAAAUGAAAAAAAAAUCAACAGCUUCAUUUUUUUAAUGAAGCACCUUGCAUACUUUUACUUAAAAGAAAAAUGCUUUUUAACCGGAAUUUCAAAAUAAAUAGAUUGUUGGGAUUUUCUUUUAUCGUUACCAUUAUUGCCUUGGAAAACAAAACAUUGUUUAUAAAUUUUGAUGACAUUCAGACAAACAUUAAUAAUAUCUACCCCUAUUUACAUGAAAACAUGAAAUAAUGAAUGAAGUUGUUCAUUCAGAAAACAAAAAAAAACUACAAAUUUAAACCAUUAUUUGGGUCGUUAUAGUAUCGCCCUGUGCAAAAGUUAAUGUUGAUAUAUUUCUUAGUAAGUAAAUAAGUUUCCUAGUCCAUUUAUAAUUAUGUGAUAAUUGUAUAGAUUUAAGUAAUGAAAACUUGCAUUCAUCUUAAUAAGUUGUCACCACUCCUAUUCAAGUUUUUAAUGUGACUAGAUGAUUCUGGUUUAUACCCAUCGUACGGUAUUGUUAUUAUUUUCUCUUGUAAUAUGGUAGAAGGGAAGAACACAAGAGAGGCUGCGUUUUCGGAAAUAUGUAUUCAGGUUUGAGACAAAAUCUUUAUUCAUCUAAAUUAUUACUUUCAAAGUACCUUUAAAAAAUUCUUAGUCAUUUUUGGUCAUUUAUAUUAAUUAGCUUCAUUUAUUUAAAAUUUUUAGAUUAAAUUGCUUUAAAUAAAAAUAUUAAAUCCCGGGUAGCAAAAUUAGCUACCAUUGAAGUAUACCUUAACCUCAACCAAAGGUUAUCUCUUUGUUAUUUCUUUCGUAUCAGCAGCAAAUUCUAUGGUGGGCAAAAAGUAAAUCGUCAUGUUCAAACUUGUUAAAUCUUUUUUGCUUUUGUUCCUUCUUUGAGAAGCAAAUGAAUACCUCGAUUCAAAAUGUUUGGUAGAAAAUAACGUUUUACGAAUUUUCUCGAAUGUUACGACGGCGGUAAUAAUUAAUAUUAAUUUACUAACUGUCGACAGUUAGAUUAACGAUCGCAACUUUGGUCGCUUAAAUGGGGAGAAUUGAGAAGACUUUGACGCGUCUGUAGUACAGUUUUUGCAAAUCUCUUACGCCGUUUUUACCCUUUUGAUGGAUACGCGAUAUAUAUUUUGGUAAGAUUUAUUGAAAAUGAAUGUAGCUUACAAGCAGUUUUUGACUUAUGGAAGAUUUUUUUAAACCGAUAUUUGUCUUAUAUUUUCUCCACUAAUAUAAUAUAAAUUUUUAAAUAAAUAUCUUAUGCCAAAGAAUAUUAAAUUUGAGAAAAUUUAAAAUAAUUAAUUUGUUCAAAUACGAUUCGAAAAAUCAAUUUGUGUGUAUUAGAACAAGGUUAGAUAACUAUCUAUCGUUAUUAAAUAUACGGAAUACUCAUUUUCUACCCACCCGGCCGGGUUAACUUUUAGGUUAGACUUUACAACCAUAUUUAAGUAUUUGGCGUAUACUUCUGUUUUACACUUUUGACGUAUCGAAUUUCUUUAAAAAUAACUUCUAUGUCAAUUAACUUGGUGAGGUUCUUCCUGAAUUUCUUCACAAAUUAGGACUGAGUCUAAAUUUCCGACAAACUUUACGCGAAAUUCUUACAAAUGGCGGCAAAUAUGAAAGUCAUUAAAAAGAUUAUUUAUUAUCGAAGAAGAAAUUAAUGUAAAUAAAAAGGUACAAGAGGCUUAAGACAGCCUUACCUCACGGCAGAAAACAUCCUGUGUAAUACUUUCAAUCUAAAGCUACUUUAGUUUCUAUUGAAAAAAACACACCGAAAACUUGUGACAGUAAUUUUUUGAGACCUUUCGGCCUAAUUUUCUUGCUCCUGUAGUGUAUUCGAUUUCCACUUCUAUUACUGACUUGCAGCAUUUCAUUUGUUAGUGGAUUAUUUUACAGCGUCGAAAAAUGAAGCGCUUACAAUAAUGUCAUCAAUAAAUUACCUAAAGUAAACUCUGGGGAUAAUUUUGCUGACCAAAAAAGUGUGAUACGAAAGUCCAUAUGUUACGUUACAUUUUGUAUAAAUUUUGCACAAUUGAAAAUGAACCUCCAGAUAAUAACACUUUGUUCGUUAUCAAUUGCGCUUGGGAGAAUGCAAUUUGUUAAAAUUGGCCUUCCUCUCAUUUUUUUGUUGUUUUUUUUUUUUUAACAGGAACGCUUACUUCGAUUUAAAGAGUUUGUGAGUAUAAUCUCAUAUUUUGGUUAAAUUAAAGGCUCAACAAAAAAUUUUCGCUCGGCUAAGAAAAUUUUCGCUGAUCGUUCCCGAUCGGCUCGCAGAAAGGUGUCGCUGAUUAAUACCUCGCCGUUUCAAGUCUAUUCAAUAUCUGAAUCACGACGCCCGACCCCUUAAUCUUUCGCGGCGAUAAUGCUAAGAAAACAAAUUUGGGGCUUCCCUCAUUUACAAGACCUCAAGGUCAGAUGAUUUAGGCGGUCGUCCCCGAAGGACUAAGCAAUGUUCUCCGCCUCGUCGUUUCGCGCAUUAUCUGAUAAAGACGGUGUGCCUAUAAUUUUAAGCCAAGACGGGUUGAGGCCCUUUCACCGACAUCGUUGUACGUGCUUAUCGGCUGACGACGCUUCUGAACGCCCUCACCCCUACGAUCUACGAUGCGAUUAAUUUACAGGGCGGCGCACAUUAAAACCGAGUUUGCAAACCAUAAAUUCUUUUCCAGAAAUAAAUAAAUCGCGUUAAAUCGUCAAUAAUUUCGUGUAAAUCACCAAUGUCGCCGAAUGUGUUAGAUGAUGUUAACUCAAAGCCACAGAUUUUUUGGUCCUGGCUAAAAUUUUAACUACUCAGCUCUUAGAGGUAUCAAAAAAUGAUUUAAAUCAUAGUAGGUUGAAUUUUCAAGCACAAUAGAACUCUAUACUUAGCUUUGCAUGUUGGCUUCUUAUCCUGGUGCCUAUAGGAACGUACUUAAUAUCCAUAAUAGGGCAAGACGCGUCUGCGGUUGAAACGUAUAACUGGUAUAAUCGCACAGAAAAUGUGAUUGGUGAUACGAGAAUGAAACACGAAACAUCCUUACUCACUACUCAAAUAUUGGGAGCAUCAUUGUAUUAUAUUAUAAUAUUCAUUUCAGAUCUGUCUUCGGCCAUGUUUAUUUUUCGUAUUAAUAAUAUGUGGGUUCAAUAUCAUACUUCGCAGGCCGGAGUUAUUUUCGGUAAUUAUUGAUGAACUCUCAAUUUUUUACGUUGUAAAAGAAUCCAUUUUCAAAGGAAGUCGUAACGGAGACGAAAAUUUAAAAUUUUUAAAGCAAAUAUUUUUUAAAACAAUAAAUAGAUAAGUAUUUAAAAAUUUCUACAUAGGAUUUUUUAACGUAUUACAAUCAAAAGUGAGAAACUACCAUAUAAAAAAAUUCCUAGAUAUUCAGCAUUAUUUCUCAGCAUCAUUUCUAUAAAUAGCAUAUUAUAAGAGAAUAUAAAAACAAUAACUCCGUUUUGUAAUUUUACCCAAUUUAGAUGAUAGAAAGAGAAUGUUUAUGGAAGAAAUACUAAUAAAUGUACAUUCGGCUGACUGUAAAUGCCAAAUCAGUAUUGUAAAUUGCUCAAGUAUGGUUAUUUUUGUUAAAUUUGGCGAUGAUAGGUAUAUUUAUAUUCUUUUAGUAAAUUCAUUGUUUUUAAAGCAAUUUUGUUGCGGCUACAUAACACAAGACUUCGUUGUUAUUCGAUUUCCUCUGGAUUCAUAUUAAUAAUGCAGACGUAGUUUGUAAAAUAUAUUUUGCAGAGUUUGCAACCUAUACAUUAGCAUAAAUGUCUGUAGGAUGUUAAAAUUUUAUGUAUUAGUAUCUAA